UUCCUAAGCCUGAAGUUUGAAGAAUCCUUUGCAGCAUAGUCCCCAACACCUAAAAGUUGAUACUUGAUUCGGAAUGACUAGUGGCAUCUCGAUCACGUACUAAAAACAACGUCCCGAAUAUGGAUCGACGCUCUCCCAAAAGAGAAGCUGAUGCUUCAUCUCCCUCGCCUCUCUUUCUUCCACACCUCAGCAGCAGUAAAGUGAUUACUUUCUGAUGGCCGACCCAACUCCCCUUCAUCUGCAUAAUGCCAAAAAGUUUUCAUGCCCUUGUUGAGCAGAUCUCUGAAAAAAUUCCUCUUGAUCUCUCGAACGUCAUCGUUCGUCAACAGAACGGAAAUGGACGGCAAAAGAAGGAGCUCGAGAACUAGAUUCUUCAAGGUUCUUAUUCAUGAUGACUUCAACACCCGGUUGCGAAUCCCCCCUGCAUUUGUCGUCAAUCAUCUUCCUGGACUCAUAAUUCCCAAAAGAUUCAAGCUAACGAAUUGCGCCCGAAGAUCUUGGCACGUGGACAUUGAGAAGGUCGACGAUGGCUUGUUCUUCACGAGGGGUUGGAAAGCAUUUGCUCAGGACAAUUCGUUGCAGUUCGGCGACUUCCUGGUUUUCAAGUUCAAUGGAGCCUCCAGAUUCUACGUGAGGGCGUACGGAUUGCACGCGUGCGAGAAGGAGGUCCCGCCGUUCGCUAGGAAGCGCAAACGCGGCGAGUCUGCUCUAAUUGAGGCAAAUAAUCCUACAGCAGACGUGGGCGGCGAAGAGCGUGGCGUGUUUCGUUCAUUCGGACCGAAUCUCAAGCAUGAAGAUACCGAUUCCGUACCAGAGCCUGACAAGGAUGCAGAGGAGACUCUGAUUUACAUGGAUGUGAAUGGAGUGGUUCAUGCUUGCUUCAAUGUGGUUAUCACAUCGAAUUCUCUCCAAUAUUUGCGCAUGCCUUGGCAAUUCAUUAAGGAUUACAUCGGAACUGGGAAGCAAACCGCGGAGCUUCAGUAUGCAGAUCGUUCAUGGCUGGUGAGGUUGCGUGUGUUUCCAUCUUUCCAGGGAGGAUUCUAUGAAGGUUGGACUGCUUUUGCAAAGAGCAAUAAUCUGCUCUCUGGAGACGCCUGUUUGUUCGAGUUGAUUGAUGGGGAAGAAAUUGUGUUCAAGGUAUCCGUUCACACAAAUGUGAUGCUUUAGCAAGUGAGACAUGCUAAAGUAAGGUUCUUGGAGAUGGUUCGAAUGAACGUGUCUUGGAUUUUAGUGCGCUCGUGAUUUAGGCCAUAACAUUUUCAUACUCAUUUCAGACAGGUCGACCUUUCUUGUGCUGGGGAUGUAAGUGUGAUGUCAAAUGAUUCUGAGAGAAUUUCAGAGUACCUUUCUUUGGAGUGUCUAAUUACAGGAAUUCCAGAGUACCACCUUUCUUUUGCUCUCAUACUGGCAAUGAGAUAAGAGCGUGGUUUGUCCAAGAUCGGAUUUGCACACUGCGAAGGUAAGCCAUAGAUCUCGGUUUUCAGUGAAUAUGUCGAACGCACUUCAGGGAAGAUGCAGAUGAUGGGUCACCAUAGCGAAUAUUU